AUGAUUAGUAUGUAUCAGCCCGCAAAUUCAACAACACCACGCAUCCAACUCACGUCGAUGGCACAAUUGGCCGAGGCAAUUAGCAGGGAAGACGACUGGACCGGGACCAAGGAUGCCGCAGCACGCAGACGGGCACAGACUAGGCUCAACACAAGGGCAUACCGUAAACGCAAAGCUCUUGCAAAGAACGCCGAAGCAUUUAGUGCCGAAACCGGGACACUGAUCAAAUCACGAGCGCCGGUGGAAUGCUGGGACAUUGAGCAGCAAUCCAUCUCCGUCGUCCCAGCAUCACGUAUCAAGCAAUUAUAUAAUGCGAGAAAUCCCUUGCUGCCAGAUAAACCUGGAAAAGAUCAGUUUAACAUGGUCUUCCCCCUCUGUCCAGACCAUCUCAUCACACUUCUCCAAUUCAACGCCCUCCGCGCCCUGGCCGUCAACCGCAAUCUAAUCUCGAAUAUCCUCGUCACGCCGCUCGACUGUAAUAAGGAAGUUAUCCACAUCACCCCCUACCCUAGUAAGCCCGACCUACUCCCUUCAACACUCCUGCCCACCACCCUUCAACAAACGGUGCCGCACGGCGACUGGAUCGACCUGUUCCCGUGUCCCGAGGGACGAGACCGCCUGAUCCUGGCCACUGGCACCUUUGACGAGGAUGUGUUGUGGGCCGACUGCAUCGGCGGGCUAUACGAGGGCUUUCCAGACGAUGAGAUUGAGCGACGCGGCAUUAUUGCGUGGUCGCCACCCUGGGACAUCACGGGGUGGGAGAUGUCGGAAGGUUUCUUAAAGAAAUGGGGAUGGUUGUUCGAAGGGUUGCCGGGGGUGUUAGAGGCGACGAAUCGGUGGCGAAUGGAGAAAGGAGAGGAACCAUUUGUCCAUGAUGACUGCACGACAUAUGUAACUGCUUGA